AUGUACAACCUCAGGGAAGCCGUAGGAGCAGCCCUGGCAGGCCUCCACACUGACAUUGCCCCACUCACAUCCCAUCAGAUGAGGCUCAUGUCUGAGAGUCUGCAGGUCCUCUCCCCAUUUAAUGAUGCCACCGUAGAGCUCUCAGAGGAGAAGAGAGUGUCUGGAUCCAAGGUCAUACCACUUCUGGCCAUGCUGCACCACACCUUGGAGGAUGACAUAGGAACCAUAAAAAUGGAGGAGAGCAAAGCAAUGGCUGAGGGCCUUAAAAAACAACUGAGGGACAAGCUCUACACCCUCCAAACCAUGAGCAUCAUGUCACUGGCAACACUGCUGGAUCCCAGGUUCAAGAAGAUAGGCUUCUUCAGCCCAAAUAAAGCACAAGAGGCUGAGAGGAGGCUCACAGCUGAAUGUGCGACAGUGAUCCGGCACAGGGCAUCUUCCUCCUCCACCUCCUCCUCCAACCCAUCAUCUGCAACACAACCGGACACAUCAGAAGCUUCCCAGCCUGUUGCGCAAGGUAAUAUUCGAUACAUUCUAAUGGUGUUAAUUAAGCAAUAGGAAAUGAGCGGCAGUGCAUUAUUGUGGGAUUCUUUUGCCCCCAUCUCUACGAUGGGCAGCCGGAACUGCCUGUUGGCUGUUUGUCUGUUGUGCCUUAGGU